UUGAGGGGCAUGUCACGUGUAGCGGAGACGCGUCUCUACGACAUUCUGAAAGUCAAACCAAACGUCACCGACCACGAUCUAAAGAAAGCGUUUCGCAAGCUCUCAAAAGAUUGUAAACUGAACGGAGCGACCGAGCAGUUGAAAGACAUCGAGUUUGCGUACAGCGUACUUAGUAACUCAGAGAAGAGAAAGGCGUACGACAAUCUUGGAGAAGCAGCUGUGAUGGAGGACGACGACCCGCACGAUCCUCACUCUAUUUUUUCCAACAUUUUCGGCGCUGAUUCUAUCUUCGGGUUUGGUGGUGGUGGUGGUGGUCGUGGUGGCCGGAGUAGACAUGGUCCACGUCGCGGCGAGGAUGUUCAUCACAUGCUAAGAGUGUCUUUAGAAGACAUGUACAAUGGAAAGCAGAAGCAGCUGCAACUAACAAAGAAGGUUAUCUGUUCUCGAUGCAAAGGCGUUGGUGGUAAGGCCGAUUCAGUGAAGACGUGUACUAGAUGUCGCGGUCGAGGCAUCUGUGUCAUGGUUCGACAACUGGGGCCAGGUAUGGUUCAACAGAUGCAGACGGCGUGUACAGACUGUCACGGGCAGGGCGAAAUAAUCGACGAUAAGUUUCGAUGCAAGACUUGCAACGGACAGAAGGUAGUUCAAGAGAAGAAGGUGCUUGAGGUGAAUAUUGAAAGAGGGAUGAAAAGUGGCCAGAGAAUUCCACUUAGAAAAGAGGGAGACCAGUUGCCUGGCACGACACCUGGUGAUAUCAUUAUUGUGCUGCAAGAGAAGGAACACGAGUUGUUUCAUCGUGAUGAAGCUGACCUCAUAAUUGAUCACAAAAUUGGGUUGACAGAAGCUUUGUGUGGGUUUAAAAUGACUGUCCAACAUUUGGAUGGAAGAGUUUUACUCCUCAAUUACAAGCCGGGAGAGAUCAUUCAGCCAGAUUGCAUUCGAGGAGUCAUAGAGGAGGGAAUGCCAGUGUAUAGAAGACCCAAGGACAAGGGGCAUCUGUACGUGAAAUUCACGGUCAUAUUUCCAGAGAGUCACUGGAUAGAUGCAGACCAAAUUAAAACGCUAGAGCGUUUUCUCUCUCCACGGCCAGAAUAUGAAAUACCAGAGGUGCACGAAGAAGUAGACUUGGUCAACAUUGAAGAAACUCGAGGGCACCCCUCGUCGUCAGCGAGAUCACAAGAGGCGUACCAUUCUGAUCUCGAUCACGAGGGCCACGGGCCCCGUACUGCCGGUUGUGCUCAGCAGUAGGAAAGAAUAGGAACACAGAUUCGUUUUUGUGAUGGAUAAACGUCUGGUGAACAGUAAUGCUCGUGUGCUUUUGUUUAUUUAAAACAAUGUAUUCUACUUUGAGCUGUCUGAUAAAACUAAACGUUGAAACAAGGAUAUACAGCA